AUGACAUUCUUUAUUUAUAUCACCUCGUUGAUCUACCUUUUCUGGAUGCCAAGUCAUGUCGAGAUAAAUUCGGUGGCCCAAUUGCUGAUGAUAUUCCGAGCUAUGCGUCCGUUACGGAUCUACACAUUGGUGCCACAUAUCCGGAGGGUUGUUGUCGAGUUGUGCAAAAGGAUUCCGAGAGAUUUUGCUUGUAACGAUUUUGUUAAUCGUACUUAUGUUCAUCUUCGCGAGCUUUGGGGUACAAAUUGUUGGAAAACUGCACUGGUCUCUUUGAACAAAAGAUUUUUGUCACAAGAAUGGAAGUGUAUGGUAAAAAUGAUGAUCACUUGCAUCCAAAGAUCUUGGUGCCGCGUGUCUGGACGAACCCACGAAACUUCAACUUUGACCAUAUUGGAAAUGCUAUGUUGGCCCUUUUUGAGACGCUAUCGUAUAAGGGAUGGAACGUCAUUCGUGAUAUUUUAUAUUUACGACAAGGAGCGUGGGCGGUCCUUUUUCAUCCAUAUCUAUGUCUUCAUCGGAUGUAUGAUUGGGUUGACGCUUUUUGUCGGUGUAGUUAUCGCAAAUUACACCGAGAAUCGGGGAACCGCUCUGCUUACCGUCGAUCAAAGAAGAUGGCAUGACUUGAAAGCUCGUUUGAAAAUGGCCCAACCUCUGCAUGUUCCACCAAAACCUGCCGAAAGUGCGAGGUUACGUAUCUAUCUUUACGAAUUGACGCUGAGUCGACCGUUCAAGCAGGCCUUUGCAUUGCUGGUAGUGAUCAAUUCAUUUACUCUGGUGGUACCUUGGAAUGUGGAAGAGGAAAAGCAGAGGAGCUCCGUUCUUUUCGUUUUGACAAUCUAUUAUCUUGAAAAAGAUAGCAUUCACACCAAGGGGUUCUGGCAAUCAAGACGGAAUAGAAGCGACUUCUUCAUUACAGUACUCGGACUGGCUUGGAUCAUCCUCCACUUCAUCUUCCAAGUCCCAGCUCAUCUCGCCGGCGGGAAAGAUACAGAAACCGAAUGGCGUAGAUUCUCCUACACUUUUGGCUACAUCGUCGUCAUCCUGCGAUUUUUCACCAUAGCUGGUCGUAAAUCAACCCUCAAAAUGUUGAUGCAGACUGUAUUGAUGUCUAUGGUUCGAUCAAUGUUCAUUAUUGCGGCCAUGUUUCUGCUAGUGUUGUUUUAUGCCUAUACGGCAAACAUG